UCUGGCCUAAUUGGAAUUUAUUUCUAUUUGCUACUAGAAUAUUUUUUUAUCUAGAUCUUAGAAGUGUAAGCAUUCAUUUUUAAGCUUCUGAAUCAGGAAUGGCAUAAAUUAUGUUAUACUUGUACUUCUUACCAUCACCAUUCUGUUCUGUCCACUGCUAAUGAAUAUCUUCAAAUCCGUUUUUUCCGAAGACCCGGAUCCUCCACGACCCGGAUCCAACCAUGCAUCGCCAGACAAAGCACCGGAUCCCCAUUCCCCGCCCCGAUCGAAUGCCACCGAGUCCGCUGCCGGAGGAGGCGGCGGCGACGGUUGGAACUUCGGCGGCCUCAUCAAAACCCUUACAUCGAAAUCGGAAUCCAUAAUUGAGACCUACCGUCGCGAUCUGCAGGAAUUCGGCACCGGUUUGAAGAAAGAGAUCGAGGUCGCGCAGGGUUCUCUCGGGACCGUGGGCCACGUCAUCGAUGAGUUCGGAAACACCGUCGUGAAAGGAACGGCUCAGAUCAUAUCUCAAGGUAAGGACGCCAUCCUCGCCGUCAAUCUCGAUUCCGAUUCCGAUAGUAACAGCGCCAAUAGAAAGAGCCUCGAUUCGGUUCGGUACAGUAGGUUCGACGCUCAGGUUCGUGCUAUUCAGGGUGAUGUUAGCACUUACUCCGAGGAGCCCGAGGAUUUGAAUGAGUUCAAUGAGUGGAAAUUAGGGUUUUCGUUGGAGGGGAAGGGUGAGGAAAUGGAGGGGCUUUUCAGAGAGAAUGAUGCUAUGGAGAGUGUUUACAAAAAGGUUGUUCCAAAUAGUGUUGAUAAUGAAACUUUCUGGUAUAGGUAUUAUUAUAAGGUUUAUAAGCUCAAGAAAGCUGAAGAUGUUAGGGUUAGGCUUGUAAGUGGAAUAUCUGGGGAAGAUGAGGAUUUGAGUUGGGAUGUUGAAGACGAUGAGAAUGACGAUGGUGGGAUUAGAUGUGAUGCCAAACCUGUGAUUAUGAAUAAAGAGGUUGGUGGUGAAAAUGUGGAUAAUACCCACUUACAUGUUGAUGGCAAUGAAGAGGGAACAAAGAGAUUGGAUGUGGAAGAGGAGUCUAAGGAACAAAAGAAAGACAAUUUAUUGGAAAGUGAGGAAGUUGGCAACAAGGUGGAUAAGUCUGUUGAAGAAUCACAAGUUGAGAAAUCUGAAUCUGUUGGUGACAGGGGUGGUGUUGAUGAGGCAUCGAAGUCAAAAGCGGAUGAUGGUGUGAGCAAGAAUGAUUCGACAAGUGAAUCCGAUGAGAAGGUGGUAAAGGAUAGGGAGGUUGGUGAUGAGAAAACUUCUGGUAAAGGUAAUGAGUCUUUCACGGUUGAAAUUCAGCAAUCGGCAAAUAAGGAGGAGGAGGACCUUGGGUGGGAUGACAUUGAGGAUCUUAGCAGUAUUGAUGAAAAGAAAACAAUGCAGAGUGGUGGCACAAGCAAAGUUGAUUUGCGGAAGCGGCUUAGUGCUGCAGAAGAAGACGAAGACUUGAGUUGGGACAUUGAAGAUGAUGAUGAUGAGCCUGCUAAGGCUUCAAGUGUUUAAUGCAUUCUAUUAUGAUUUCUCAAUGGAAGUAUAUGGUGUAAGUGUCAUUUUCACGUAAAGAAAUUUGUCGGUGUUUUUAUACUUUCAGAAACUGGGAUAGAAGUAGUAUUGUUAUCUGUUCUAUCCCUAAAAUGCAUGAAAAGUAACUGUUUCUAUGUUAUUGUUUCAUAUUCUGUUCUUUAUUUUGGUUAUUCAUCAAUAUAUGGUGACCAUUAUCAGACAGACAUUUCCUAUCUCCUGUUCUAAGUCUGUCUCUGCCUUUUA